GCUUGAAUAUCAUUAUCUUUGUAGCAUUAAGGAGUAAUAUCGUAUAAAAAAUUGUGAAUAUCAAAUAAUGGAAAUAGUGCAGUUAAGAAGUUCAUCUGAGGAUGAUGAUGAUGUAUAUUUAAAUUCUGUUGCAAAGUUGAAAGCUUUGAAGAAGAAACAAACAUCAUUACACUGUGAUGUCCAAAAGGAGGAAGAAACACAGGAAAAUAACGAAGAAUUGAAACUUGAAGUUCCUAACAAGACUAUAAUAAAACGAAGAACAUAUCGGAAAACAAGAAACAAGGGAAAUACUCCUAAGCGUCGAUCAGCAAGACAGAAACAACAAAAAAAUGUAUCAGAUGCAGAUUCUGAUCUGGAAAUUGUUUCUGUUGAAGGAAAACCAAAUUCUGCUGAAAAUGAUUUAUUCAUAGUUGAAAACAAUAUGAAUGAGAACUCACAUUGUACUGAGGAUGAAAAUUAUGAAAUAAAUAUUAAGAUUCUGUGGCAAUCAAAAGAUGUACAUCGUUUGAAUAUUUGUCGAAAUGAAAACUUUCGAAAAAUUUUUGAAUAUUUUGCUAAUUUAGAAAAAGUAUCAAUAGAUGAAAUUUUAAUAACAAAAAGAGAUAAAACUAUUAAGAAAAAUGAUACACCAGCUUCCAUAAAUUUGUCUGUCAUAGACAUACUCGAAGGAGGCAUUAUUAAGAAAGACAAUAUCGUACAUCCAAAAAAUAUUGAGCAAAAAAACAAUGAAGAUAUCUGUGUAAUAAAAAUACAAACAACAAAUAAAAAAAGUCUAACUGUUUCUGUUAAUCGAGAUGAAAAUUUCGAAUCUCUAAUAGAAAAAUGUGCUCAAGAAUUAAAUGUUGAGAAACCGAAAAUUAAAUUGUACUUUGAUGGAGAAUUAGUUACAAUAACAGAUACACCCGAUUCUUUAGAAAUAGAGGAUAUAGCUUGCUUUGAUCUUCGGUUAUCUUCCUAA